GCACAGAGGGCACAGAGGACACAGAGGACACAGCAUCCCCCCUGCAGCUGCUGGAGCAGACCCAGCCCUUUGCUUCCACGGGGCUCCGUACGCCGAGGCCACGCUGCACAGCCUGGGAGGAAGCCUCAGCGCGGUGCCAGAGCCCCGUCACAUCCCUCUGGAUUUUCUGUGCCACCGAGUUUAUGCUGCUGAGCCUGGGAUGGAGCAAGUGGUGAUGCUCACAGUGGUGGGGAUGCAGGCUCUGAAGAGUGCUGGAGAGCUCCUCCAGCACAUCCUGCUGCCUGGCCUCAGGGAUCAGUCUUGGAGUGCAGACACAGAACACCGCCCUGCUGUGAAAUACCUGCCACCACCUGGCAGGAGCUCCAGGACUGAAGGGAAGACCACAGUGGGUGAGAGCUGGAGAUGCCGAGCAGAAUCCCUGUUUUCCUACCUGCAAGCAGGGGCUCAGGUUCUGUGCACGGUGCUGCUGCUCAAACCCGGCGUGUGGAGCCGGGGGCUGCCCGGCAUCCUCCGCAAUCUGCACCUGGCCCAGUUCUGCGUGGUGGGAUGAAACAUCUGGAUCUGGACGCGGCCGCCGCCUCGGUGCUCCUGCCCCCGCAGGUGCAGCAGGAUCCAGCUGCUGCAGAAACUCACUGUACCUACCUUACCUCGGGCACUGCCCUCGUGCUGUGCCUGCAGAGGCCCAAUGCUGUGAAGAAGCUGAUGGAUCUCCUGGGACCAGAGGAUCCUCAGCUGGCCCAAGCACUGGAUCCACGCCUCUGGAGGGCUCAGUAUGGCACCAGCACAGUCCAGAAUGGAUUUUAUGGCUCCAGCUCCUAUGCAAUGGCUGUGCGGGAUGUGAAGCUGUUUUUCCCAGAAGGGCUGUGCUGUGCCCAAUGUCAGACAGGGCAGGAGCAAGAGAUCCAUAACCUGACACAUGACCCCAUCCUCAGCCUGGGAAUCAGGAAGCAGCGCAAGAUCCUAACCCGUGACCCAGGGAGACAUCCCAGUGUCCUGGGCUCUGAGCAGCCAGGCAGUCCUGGUCAGGCAUUGCUGGAGCAGCUCUGCCAAACCACCUGCCUGGUGCUGCCCAGGAUAAUCCUGCAGGGUUCGGAGCCCCCCCCGUACGUGCAGCUGCUGGAGGAGCUUGUGGCCAGCGGCUCUGUGGUGACUGGAGCUCGCCUGGCCGUGCUGGACUCACCUCAGGCUCUCUGCAUCUCCCAGAUGCUCAGCAGGGCCAAGGGCAGUGUUGCAGCAAAGUGCUCCCUGUUGAAGGAUGGCUUGUGCCUGGUGCUGGCAGCACAGUGGGACAGCGCUGUCACCUCCCCGGGCUCCCUGCUGGACAGUGCCUGCUGGCAGAACCAGUCGGUCCUGGACACUGCAGAGCAUCUCCUUUAUCCCCAAAAUGAGCAUCAGGCCCGGGAGCUGAUCUGCUGCCUUUUUGACUCCCUGACAUCAGAGAGCAUCCACAGAAUUGAAUCCCAGGACUGCUAGCAGAGAUGAGCAAGGCCCCCAGGCAUCCUUGGAUGUGGAGAUGGAUGCACAUCUCAGCUCUAAGAGCACUGUUUGUUUGGAAUUAAACACAGAGUCUGAAGUGUGGCAUUAGCAUGGGUCAGAGAAAUGAGAGUGCUGGAGGAAGGCUCAGCACCCCAAAACAAACCCCUCUGAACUGUGGUUGUGCUUCCCAGUGGAGUCCAUCCAGAGACAAGCUGUGUGUCCGUGGAGCAAGGCUUGGAGCACUCCUCUGGCUGGGAAAACCUCAGGAAGCAAAUCCAGGGGCAGUUGUUCACUGCUGUGUCUCAGUGCCUGGGGACUCCAUCUCCCCCAGGCCUCAAAGACUUCAUGGAGAGACUCUGCUCGCUGCUGCUCCUGUGUUCUUUGAACCAAAGACAAACCCACAGCAAAUGAAAUGGAAAUAGUCAGAGGGAAAGCUGGAUCCCUGGAGGUUCAGUACACCAGGCUGAGCCAUUCAAUAAGAUUAAGAGCUGGACAGCUCAAUGUUCACCUGCCUCUGCUCCAGCCCCCCUGUCAUGGACUGUGCCAGCCACAUCCUGCUCCCUCCCAUGGGCACACGGCCCUGCCUCCUCUUCCUCCUCCCUCAGCAGCUGCUGAUCCUAUGAUCCUUCCUAGGAGCCUGGAGGAUGGUGAUAAUACAAAGAUUCUCAGUUUUCCUGGGACCCACUGGGGUCUUUUUCUUUUAGGAAGGACUCUCCUCGGCCCAGGAAGCCUCCAGUUCCCACCCGCCCUGCUAAGGCAAAGACUUAGACUUAGACUCUGCCCUGGUGCAGCCUCACCUCAGGUCUGGGGCAGUUGUGGGUACCACCAUAUCAGGAGGAUCUAAAGCUGUUGGAGAGUGUCCAAAGGAGGGACAUGGGCAUGGGGAAGGGUCUGAGGAACAGCUGAGGGCACUUGGAUUGUUCAGCUGGAGAAGGAGACUGAGAGCAGAGCUCAG